AUGACUGAGCACGUACCGGCAUGGAAGAGAAUAGGGCUUAAGGUGAAACAGGACCUUGAGGAGGACCCACUGGCCAUCACAACCCAUUUGGACUCUGGAAAAGUCACAGCCAAACAGACAAAACAAUUAAACAAGAAGAAAAGAGCUGCUCAAAUUGGUGAUGGUGAUGGUACAAAGAAGCCCCCAAAGAGACAAAAACUACCAAAGAGUGAAAGACCGCCCCCACCUGAAAAAGAUCAGCUUGUGUAUUUGAAGACUUAUUCUACAGAUAGAGAAAAUUGGAAAUUUUCUAAACAGAAACAAAAUUGGAUUCUAAAACAUAUAAAGGUUAUAGAAGAUAAAUAUGAAGAAUACUUGAUCAAUUAUCUUGCUGGUUUGCAAGGUGGUAGUAAAGAUAGAUUAAUAGAAAGCUUGAAGAAAGUUCAAGAGAGUUGGAAUGCCUCAGCCGCUGAAGAUGAAGAAAAGACAACAGAGGAGGAGACUAAAGAAUCUGAAAAUAAAGAGGUGAAGAAUGAUGCUAAAAAUGAUUUGGAAAGUGUUGAUAGUGAUUAUGCUAUAAGGGCUAGAAAAAUCGUGGAAACUAUUACCGGUGAAAAGAUAAAAUUGAUAGGA